AUGAGUAAUCAGUCACUUGCUGAUAGCAUAAGGAAUAUUCCACCUGUUACUAGAUUUUUUACUAUAACUACGGUAAUUGUGUGCUUUGCCAACUCUUUAAAGAUUAUUCAACCACACCAAUUAAUAUGCUACUUGCCAUUAUUCAUAGAUACGUUCAAUGAUACUUCGAGAACCAUAAGUAAUUCGAAUAUUGCAGGCAGUAUUGGUGCUAUCGUGGGGUUAUUGGCUCAGAGUUAUAGAUUUUUUACGUGCUUUUUAUUACCCCAAGGUUUGCUAACUGAUCAACCUUUUCAUGCCAUAUUGGACAUCUAUUUUUUCUAUACAUUUGCCAACCACCUUGAAUCUCACACAGGAAAGUUCCGUCGUAAUUUUCCUGAUUGUCUUUGGUUUACCUUGGUCACUGGUACUAUAGUUGUAUUAUUAUCGUUAGUUUACAAUGCGAUCAUUGAUAUAAACCAUUUUCCUGUUCAUCACCAAAUGAUACUUUCAUGUGUCACAUACAUUUGGUCUCGUUCGCUGAAGAACUCUUUGAUAAAUUUCCUCGGGUUGGUGCCAAUCAAGGCGUACUAUUUGCCACUUUUCAAUCUUUUUUUCAAAUUGUUGAUCAGUGGUUACUCUUCAUUUUUGGAUUCUGCAAUAGGUAUUUUCAGUGGAUAUUUGUAUCAAUGUUUUCAAUCAGAUACAUUACCGAUUUACAAUCUAUUCCCAGGUUCAUAUGCGAAGUACUUAACUUCCAAUAGAGAUACAAAUGGAAGAAGAGUGGGUCAGUUAAACAAUAAUUUUGCUAGCAUGGACCAGUCGGUAACUACAGCCGGAAUUGAUUUUAUAGAAGAUUCUAUUUUUGACAAGGGCUAUCUUAAAGCACCAAUUUGGUUAUAUAAAUUAUUAAACUAUCCAACCAACAACUCCAAGAGAACAACUGCUUUUUAUCCACGUCCAGACACUACUUCAAAUAUCUCCGCUGGAACCCAUGUGAACAUAAAUGAGAAUACAUCUACUGACAACUCAGGGUCUGGCACAUCUACUGGAUUUUCUUGGUUCGGACAAGGUAAUGAUCCUUUCAAAGGAAAAGGAUACCGUUUAGGUGACUGA